CGCCAUCACACCUGCUGUUUACCUUGCACUCCUCCCUUUCGAAUAGCUGAUCUGACUCGGGCCUCCUGUCCGAAUCUACCUCGUGUACCCGUAAAUGCAUCUCAUUUCUUGCUGGCUGAUCGAUUUUCAUCGGUUCCAGCUCCAGUGUACUUUUUACUUCAGGUGCAAUUUCUCAAGCCCUUUGUAGCAUGUGCAAUGUCGCCUCACCUGCAGAUCGCUUAG